CCCACAAUAGCCCCUUUUAGCUUUAAGAAGGACCUGUCGGAGGGUCUACGGGCCCAGGUGACUUGCAUGGUCGAGAAGGGCGAUCCGCCGUUCACGAUCAUCUGGUCGAAGGACGGCGAGCAGAUAUCCGCCUCCGGCACGGCGGCCGUCGCCUACGGGCCCGCCGCCGCCGCCGCUGCCGCAACCAUUAACGAUCUCCGACAGCACUCUCAGACACCACCUGGGUUGCGCGUAACCAACAUUGACGCCCAUUCCAGCGCCAUAGUUAUCGAGCGCGUCACCGCCGCGCACACCGGCAACUAUACUUGUCUAGCGCGCAAUUCGGUGGCCGAGGUUCUUUGGACGGCCGAAUUGAUCGUUCAUGGUAAAGUAAAGUAA